UCUUUGAGAAUCUGUUUGUCAUUUCAGUGGUUUUACUAUUGUGAUUAUAGUAUUCUUUGAGGGAUGGAGAUUUAACUCUCUAACAUUGACACUGAUUGUGUAUUUUGAUUUAUCCUUCUUGAAAGUGGUUUUAGGAAGCCACUGGUUAUAAAAUCAUGGGUUUUAAGCAUAACUACAGUAUAAUUACAGUACAUAUUAUUUGACGCUUUUGACUUUGGCUUUCUGCCUUCACAGGCCUAUGAUUCUCUAACAUUGUAUGAUCCUGUGUAGUAAAAUGUAUUUUUGCUUCAAAUUUGUGUCAAAUUAUGUAUGCUGAUUUUUUUUUCGGUAAACUUCUUUGGAAUGAAUACAAAAAAGUAUCAUUUAAUUGCUUUAAACGUAUUUUGCUGCAGGGUCUCUGUGCACAUUUUAAGUGUUUAAACGUCGGGUUAACGUUCAGAUAUCAACUUUUUCGCCACGAGUAUAGCCUGUUAUUGUAAAUACGAAUGCAUAAUUUUGACGAAAAUAUUUAGUGAUGUAAUUUACGAUUGCGUAAUGAAUUAAAUACAAAUUUCAUACAUGCACACUGCCAUAUCAUAUAUCUGGGACACGUACUUCCGGUGGUAACGGAAGUACCCUCGGCACGUCCAUUAAAAGCAAAAUUAAUGGCUUUUGUAUAAAAUGCUGUCAAAUUUUGAAGAACUGCGGAGAAAUUAAGAGUUGUGAUGCUUGAUAUCGAACAAAGAGGCAGCGAGCAGCAUACGUGAGCGGACACUGGAGUUAAUUCUCCCAUAUGAAGGGGAGGAGGCUCAACAUGGAGGACUGCUUGCACACUUCCUCCGAUAACCUCGCUAAACUGGUGAAAUGGGCCCACAGUCAUGGAACAAUCUGCACCUUGAUCCCCAACCUAAAACACAUGCUCAACGAGGGCUCUCACGGCACCCUUACGGCACUGUGGGGCUGCAGUGCCGGUCACGCCUACCACUGGCCACUCAAUACCACCUGCAAAACGGGAAACAAGGAACGGAUGUGCUACCAAGAAAGCCGAAGCAUCAACACGGACAGUAUGAUUCAGGCAGCUGCCGUCAUGCAAAACACCUCAGCAGAGCGCUUCCUUGGCAAUGCCGGAAAAAACAAGGGCGAUUCCAGCCAAGGAGAUUCCAGUCAGAUUCACGACUCUUGUGACAUCUCCAACUGCAGUGAACCUUCCGAGAUGGACGAUAACGGCGAGGAGUACAAUAACAACCUAUACGACAUCGUCUGCGAGUCGUCGGCCACUGACGAAGACGGCGACUCCGAUUUCAACCAUACCUCUAACGUCACACACAGGAAAAGAGCCAGCAAAGGACCAGGACCUGAGGAUAGCACUGACCCGGCGUUAAAGAAGAUCAAACAAGAGAGGGGUGAAGACUAUUACAGUGUGGCCAACCCACAGAUACCUAGCAGCUCGGAGGGAAACCGCUCUACUGGAGGCGUUGCACAGUCGCCCAAGUCAAACCUCCAGAACAGACCGUCAUCUAGGUCUUCGAUGUCCCAGAAGCCUUCCUCUGUAGAUGGCGAUUCCAUGGCGGUGUCCUCAUCACCGUUGGACAACUCCCCUACAUCCAUGAUCAAACCCUUGCGCGCGCCUUUCCAUGUUACCCAGAACAAAAUGCACAUGAACUCGAACCCAGCAUGCAGUCAAAGUUUGGCAGCCUUACCCCAUUCUGGAAGGAUUGACGCUAUGGGGGUGCUUCACCGAGACGAAUAUCCCAGAUCUUCUUUGUCUUAUGGAGAGGCUUCGAUUGGUGUAAACCCUGAAAUGGAUCUUCUAGCAACGCAGGCACUUAGUACAGAAGUUAGAGCAGACAACACAGGUUCACACGAGAAGACGGAUUAUGCUGUGAUUUUGAAAGCCCUCCAUGAGCAUCUAGUUCCUGCUGCACACAGUUCAGAAGAGCAGUUCUGCCCAUCAGAUCUCAGUCCAAACAGUGAGAGGUAUUUUGAAGAGAGAAAACACCUGGAAGAGUUUAUAACAAGCAUAGAUACUAUAACCCUACAAAACCUGCAGACAGUCAUUGAUCGGAUCCUCGUCUUUCACGAGCGAACGCAGAUGCCUCUGUCCAGUCCGGCCAGACUGGGAGAGCAGGAGCUGUUUCCAGGAAGCGGACUCUAUCUGCCACACUACAAACUGGCAUCCAUGCUGCAGGAGUCACGGCAGGACAGCAUGAGACUCUUCCACCUGCUGUUCGAGCACUUCUUCAGCGAGGAGGAUCUUAAUGGGGCGGUCGCUUUUGGGAAGAGGGGAAAAGUACCUGACGGAAAAAAGAUCCUGGACAGAAGAAGAGUGGAUGGGAUCAUGUCAUAUGUUCUGCGUUGUUCUACGAUUGACGGAUGGACACCUGUGGAAUCAUCUAAGCUGAAGAAGGCUUGUAUUAAUAAAUGCAGGCUUCGAAUCGGUCAGAAAAAGAAGCAAGAAUCUUCUCAAGAGUCCUUUAUUUUUUGUGACGAACAAUCUUCAGGCAAAAAUGACCCUUCUUAUAUGUAAUUGCUAAUACCCAAAAAUUUCCAAUCACAGGAAAAUGCUAUUAUCAUUCAUACAGUUGAAAGGAAACAUUGUUUUGCCUAGUGAUUGAAUGGAAGCUACCGAUCGGUGUCUUGGGUGAAUGCUGAUUCAGUUCAGCUACAGCACUAAGAGAUGAAAAAUUCAGUCAGAUAAAUGAACUAUUUCCAUUUCAUUCGUUUCAACAAAAAAACAACAUUAUCUAUACUGUGAUAGUUACUGACUAUUGACUCGUUUAGUCAAAACAAACCUGUUUAUAACCAUUUAAAAUAACUUUAGGAUAGUCUAGUGCUUAUUCAUGUUAGUCAUGUAGCAUUGUAACAAUCAAAACAAGAAAUUUUGAGUUCUGUCAAACCUUUCUGAUAGAUUUUACUCAUACCCAAUAUAUUUAAAUAUAAAAAUGUGAAUUAUCACCAUAUCAAAACUACCUUAAACUGUAUUUUAUUGCCUUUAUUCUUCCUUUUUUCCUCUGCUCAAUCAAUCAACAUCCCACUAAAUUGAUGAUAUCCUCAUUACAUGCUUUUACAUGACUGACAGGAAAUUGACUUAAGGUUUAUAACCAUCCCACAAAGUUUUAUUACUCAAUAUGUUUCGUAAUUUUGUCAUUUUUACCUAGGUGAUAUCCUAUCCACCUUAUUUUGCAAUGUAUACGUAAGCUGUUUUCUAUGAAUGUGUGAGACUUCCAAUUCAUUAGCUGCUAUAGGUAAAUAACUAGAACAACAACAAAGUGCAGUAAACGGUAAAAAUAUUUGCGCUACAAAACAGUGUUUAUAAUUACGACAAUAUAUUUAAAGGGGCUAUAUGAAAGUUUUUUUUUUUAUUAUUAUUAUUGCCAAUGUCUGAACAGCUUGUAACAAAAUUUAAAAAAGAGACCUUCACCAACUUCCUAGUUUGUCUAUGAAAGCCUGUGGACUUAUUUUUAUGUAAAGGACUUGGAUUUUUUUUCCGGGACAAUCCAAAAGCCGCCUUUCCACUAUCUCCAACAAACGACAAGCGACAGACCGGAAAGUCAUUCAUUUCCAGUGGAGAGUAGUACAGUAGCUUUGUGGAGUUCUGAUCAUAUGCAUAUGAGGAAAUUUCAAAUCCGAUUUGAGCUUCGGAUGCAUUGAAAUAUUGAACUUCUGCGGCUAGACCGUAUGCGACCGGCUGACCAGAUGUGAUGUAUUCUAAUCAAAACUAUGAGCAAGAAGUUAGAAUUACCAAAAUUUUUUCCACUUUAAUGUUAUUCUGUAAAUACUAUUUCUGUAAAAUGGUGGUUAUUAAUAAUUAUAGCUGAAAUAAUUAUUUUAUAAUAUUAUUAAUAUUAUUAUUUAUGUUGAUUAGCUCUAUAAAAUCUACUAUGAUUUUAUUUUAGACAUAUUGGGGGUCAUUUGCAGUACGAGCAAUUUCGUACUGUAAUGUCAAGAUGUCACGCAAAGAAAAGGGAUUAAUUCAAACUAGUCUCUCAUAGCCACAUCUAUAUAGUCUCAUAUACUUUUUAAUCAAACUAUCAUGACAGUGUAACUUUAUUUACCUCAUCUGUCAACAUGAUGCCGGUGAAUUGCAGAGCUUGUGCAAACAUAUCCACAUGGCUAUGAACAAAUGCUUUCUUAACUGCUGCUUUCUCACCGCUGUCAUUUUUUGUUGUGUGUUUAUUUUGUUAUUAAGAGUAAAGCGCGCAGCACAUAUUUACAUAUUCAUCUAAACGUCACUCUCAGCAGCAUGGAUGGUUAACAGUAUGUUGCUGCAAAGCUAUUUUCAGCUUCAUUUUACUUCUAUAAGUGAAGAACGAAGAAGAACUUCAUCGGCUUUGAAUCACGUUCAGUCUCUUGUACGUUACGUGUGCACAAGUGCGAGCACAAGCAAUAAGUUGCUGGCUGCAGUUCACUUAACGGCCACCGGUUUCACUAAUAACAAGGGUUUCUAAACUCUACAUAUAGCCUCUUUAAGAAUAAUAUUGUAAGUAAAUACCAGUUUGCGAUAUCAAGCAGCAUAACGAGAUGUUUUUGUCCAGUUAAAAAUAACUGGAAGCGGAUGAGACCGGAAGCCUCGACACACUCAAUUCACAAACGGCUGCGGCCACUAUUACGUCAAAAAUAAGGUGGAUAGGCCACUUAGCAUAUAACAGCAUAUAAAAUUACUGCCAGAAAUGUGAGAUUUGGUUAUUCAACAUAAACAACCAGACAAUUAACAAUUUCUGUGUAAAAGAUAUUCCAGGAUGUUUCUUACUGUCUGUGAGGUGUUGAAAUGAGUCUACAUAGUGAAAAGGUCACUCAAGGGCUCACAAACUUCUGAUGUAUAAAGAAAUUCUUUGGCAUUAGUAAAGCAGACUAUAUAUCAUUGAAAGGCUCAGUAAGUUCGAUCACCUUUCACAACCAAGUAUUAUGUUUCUUAUGAACCUUGGAAGGUAUAUCACAUUGUCCACAAAUGUUUAUUAUAAAAGAGAAAAAUUGACAUUAGAAUUUAGUAUGGUUAUGAAAGGUCAAUCUUUUCAUAAUGGUUAGGAUGUCUUCACCUGACCAGUUUUAAAAGUGUUUUGUUUUUGUACCGACUUGAUGCUGAACUUGUCCUUAUUUUAGCACUUCUACAAAAACUGAUGUUUAUUUUCAAGUGUGUAAAUACUCGAUCAUCCUGGUGUGUCUUAUGUGGUCUUAUUUGUCAUUUUAUGAUGCGUUAUAAUAAAAUCAAUGACCAAA